UGGACCGUCGUGGUCUGGUGACGUCACUAGAAGAGAUAUGGCGAAGAAACAGUGUGAGAAAACCACAUGUUCGCCUUUAAAGCGUCCCGGUAACCAAAAAACGGCGAAUACUUUCAACUUGACGUUGGACUCCAGCGAUGACGAGGCCCCAGAUGAGGUGACCUUUCAAGAGUCGAGGAGUCAGGCUUUAGGGAGCCUGAGACAGGCCCUGGACACCGCAAAGAGAGAAAAGGAGCUGUUGAAGGAGAAGAGAAGGAAGAGACAUGAGCUGUUUCAGGAACAAAAGAGAAAGAAGCUCCUGCCAGCGGCUGUUCUGCAGGAAAUCGACGGACAGCCUUCGCAGGAACAAAAACCAGCUGAAGGAGAAGCUGACAAGAUGCAACGGAACAAAAACAAAAUGGAAAAACUAAGGAAAGUGAAGAAGAGCAGGAAGAACAAGAAAAUCACACAUGUCCGACAUCUGCGAGGAAACAACAGGGUGUUGACGCUGAAGGCGGGACUGAGGGAAUCCCUCCAGCAGCAGGCAGCCGAGGAUUUCAUCAGGUCCAGACUCUAUGGACCAGGAAGCUGCAGAACCACAAAUAACGAGCUGCUGUCCCUUCAGAAUAAGACGGGGAAGAACAAAAGUGCAGCUGUACAGUUUGUGAAGAAAGACUGGGCUCUUGAGAUAAAAGCUCAAGCAGAGAAGCUGAACAGGAGGUGGAUCCACACGCAGCAGAGUCCUGCCUCCUGACUGCACCCCCACCCGGCCCACAAGACACCUUCAGUGCGGAGCUCCGCCUCCACACUUCAACUGUCUGAGCCGAGUGUCACAAAGCUUUAGGUCAGAACACGUUCUGGACAAAAAACUACCUGAUGUACUGUGACAGCAGUACUGUAAGUGACACAAAGGUUCUUUUUA